AUGUAUAACCCACAUGUUCAUGUUUUUGCACAUGCUUCGCUGCCGAUAGAAAUGUUAUGUGACGGAUCAGUGGUGACGCCAGUGGCGUCUCGAUACCCAGACGAUUGGUUUAUAUCCGAUAUAUCUCCCACGAUUCACCCUAAAGAGUUACAUCGACAACUUCCGUAUGAGUUCUAUACCGUGUUGGUGCCAGCGUAUUCUGCUCCUGCUGUCCAACAAAGUAAUUUGGCCCAGGAUGGCGAGCCGAUCGUAGACUGCAUGAGGUGCAACCCUCGUGAUAAUGAGGAAGACAAGUUCCGGUUAUUACGCCUCUACAGUGUCAGAUAG